AUGACCGCCGCUUUCCCAAUCCAGCCUGUAGCACGGUUUGCGGGCAAGAGUGAGCUGGUCAAACGGCCAAAGGAAUUUGCGUGCUUCUCAUACGAUGCCGAUCACAAGUUCCAUCUUGGAGCUCAGUCAUUGAAGUGGUAUUACACACCAGAUCUCAACGUCGACCUGUCCAAGGGCUUUGAGAGCUUCAUCAAACAUGACGACAGUGUAGACGAACAUUUGGACAGCCUCCUUACCACCAUUGCCGACUAUGAGCAAAAGACGUCGAAACCGAUCGAUGCUCACAUUAUCAUGGCAGCCCCCUUUGAUGAUGACGGCUUUAUCGAAGAAAACCAUGCAUACAAACAAGCGUCGAGAGCAAACGAGCGGCCAUGGAACGGGCCGAUCCCGCAAGAAGUGAUGCAGUACUGGGGCUACAAGUUUGAGACCCUGAGCACACUUCCGAGACCAUGGGGCCAGACUUCUCGCGAUUUCAUUGAAAGUCGUCCCGAUCAUGUCGUGAACAACAAGGAGCAAUACUGCUCAGUAGUCCGUACAGGCAUUGGCAAGACCAUUCUCUGUAUCGGUGGUGAGGUUGAUGCUAUAUGGGACGAUAAACCAAGGACUCAAGGCGACCCAAUCAACUGGGUGGAGCUCAAGACGUCGGCAGUAAUCCAGAAUGAGCGCCAGGCCAACAACUUUGAGCGUAAGCUCAUGAAGUUUUGGAUCCAGUCCUUUCUCCUAGGCGUCCCCAAGAUCAUUGUCGGAUUCCGGACGCAGGAUGGGCUGCUGGUUGAGACCAAAGAGUUCCGCACGAUGGAGAUACCGCUAAUGGUGAAGAAGAAUGGGCGGCCAAAAUGGGAUGGGGAUACGUGCGUCAACUUUGCUAACGGCUUCCUCGAGUGGCUUCGCCAUACCAUCACCGACGAGGGUGUGUGGAGGAUCAAGAGAAGGCCUCGGUCGGCAGAAAUUGAAGUGUUCAAAGUCGAGGAGGUGGGCCACGGAGACAUCAUCACAGAUGAGUUCAUGAACUGGCGCAUCAAGCUCGAGCUUCGUCAGGCACAGCCGCCUACUGAAGACAACGGGGCCGAAGAGUAG